CAGGACACCAUGAGUACGGAGAAGAAGAAGGAGCCAUGCUGCAGCAAGUUAAAGAUGUUUUUGGCUGCCAUGUGCUUUGUGUUCUUUGCCAAAGCCUUUCAGGGCAGCUACAUGAAGAGCUCCGUCACGCAGAUCGAGAGGCGUUUUGACGUCCCCAGCUCGCUAAUCGGAUUCAUCGAUGGAAGUUUUGAAAUCGGUAAUCUGUUUGUAAUAGCUUUCGUGAGUUACUUUGGUGCUAAGCUUCACAGGCCGCGGCUGAUAGCAGCUGGAUGUUUAGUCAUGUCCGCAGGAUCCUUCAUAACAGCGAUGCCGCAUUUCUUCCAAGGACAGUACAAAUACGAGUCAACCAUUUCUCAUUUCUCGGCCUCGGUAAACGGUACAGAGAAUGUUCUGCCGUGCCUUACAAAUGCGAGUCUUGCACAAGAUAGUGAAAUUCCUACUGUGGAGUCUCAAGCAGAGUGUGAAAAAGCCUCCAGUUCCUCCUUGUGGCUCUUUGUGUUUCUGGGAAACAUGCUUCGUGGGAUUGGAGAGACGCCUGUCAUGCCUCUUGGCUUGUCUUACCUGGAUGAUUUUUCAAGAGAGGAAAACACUGCUUUUUACCUGGCUCUCAUACAGACGGUGGGAAUCAUGGGGCCGAUGUUUGGAUUCAUGCUGGGCUCGUUCUGUGCCAAGCUGUACGUGGACAUUGGAACGGUGGACUUAGACAGCAUCACCAUCAACUAUAAGGACUCGCGUUGGGUCGGCGCCUGGUGGCUGGGCUUCUUGGUAACGGGUGGAGUGAUGCUGCUGGCCGGAAUCCCGUUCUGGUUUCUUCCCAAGUCUCUGACCAGACAGGGAGAGCCUGAAAGUGAGAAGAAACCAGGUGCUCCAGAAGGAGGAGAGCAGGAGCGCUUCAUCCCUGACAACAACAAACACAAUCCUCCUGCCAGCAAACCCGCGCCGGUCACCAUGUCAGCCCUGGCUAAAGAUUUUCUGCCGUCACUGAAGAAACUCUUCAGCAACACGAUCUAUGUGCUCCUGGUUUGCACCGGUUUGAUACAAGUCAGUGGUUUCAUAGGGAUGAUCACGUUCAAGCCGAAGUUCAUGGAGCAAGUUUACGGCCAAUCGGCAUCAAGAGCAAUAUUCUUGAUAGGCAUCAUGAAUCUCCCAGCCGUGGCUCUGGGAAUCGUCACUGGAGGGUUUAUAAUGAAGAGAUUUAAGGUGAAUGUUCUCGGAGCGGCCAAGAUCUGCAUCGUGGCGUCGGUUCUGGCUUUCUGUUCAAUGCUCAUCCAGUAUUUCCUACAGUGUGACAACUCACAAGUGGCGGGACUUACAGUCACGUACCAAGGGGCUCCAGAAGUGUCGUACCAGACGGAAACGCUCAUCUCUCAGUGCAACAUUGGCUGCUCUUGCUCUCUGAAGCACUGGGAUCCCAUUUGUGCCAGCAAUGGUGUGACCUACACCUCCCCCUGCCUCGCUGGCUGCCAGACCUCCACUGGGAUUGGCAAGGAGAUGGUUUUCCACAACUGCAGCUGUAUUGGAGAAGCUCUUCUUCCGUACACGAACAUGUCGGCAGUGUUGGGUCAGUGCCCGCGCAAGAGCGACUGCGACUUCAUGUUUAAGAUCUACAUGGCGGUGACGGUUAUCGGCGCCUUUUUCUCAGCUGUCGGAGCCACACCGGGUUACAUUAUUCUGCUCAGAUCCAUCACACCAGAACUGAAAUCUUUGGCUCUCGGUAUGCACACUUUGAUUGUUCGCACUCUGGGUGGGAUUCCCCCUCCGAUAUAUUUCGGAGCCUUGAUUGACAAGACCUGUCUGAAAUGGGGUUUAAAGCAAUGCGGCGGCAGAGGAGCGUGUCGAAUCUACGACUCCGGAGCCUUCAGGAAUGCUUUCUUGGGGUUAAUUUACGCCCUGUACAGCUCAUCCUACCUGCUGUUUGGACUUCUCUACAACAGACUGUCUCAUCGAGAAAAGAAGCAAGCGCUAAAGGACCAGUUAAAAGCUCCAGAGCAGGACAGCUGUGGUGUAUCGACCACCAAUGGAAAUGCGUCUUCGGCGAUCGUAAAAUGCGAAAACCCAGACCAGGAGACCACCAUCUGAAGUCCUGCAGGCAGAAACAAACCAAACACUAGAAAACAUUGUAGUAUUCUAAUGUUUAUAUAGAAAUUGCAUGGGUUUUAAUGUCCAACGAUACUCUGGAAACCAUCGAAAAGUACACUGUGAAGUUGACUCAACUUAAAAUUGGAUGGAAACUCCAACUUUUCGAGUUGACUCAACUUAAUUCAUGUGUUGAAGUUGCCUCACAAUUUUAAGUUGAGUCAGUUGAGUUUUUACUGUUUUAAUGGUCAAAAAUGAAGGGUGGAAACCGUUCUGUUCUGGUUAAUAUUGAGUUGAAGUCAGAAUUAUUAGCCCCCCUGUUUAUUUUUUUUCUCAAAUGGGAACAUUCAAAGGCUAAACUAGGUUAAUUAGGUUAACUAGGCAGGGUAAUUAGGCAAGUUAUUGUAUAACGAUGGUUUGUUCCGACUAUCGAAAACAAAUAUAGCUUGAAGCGGCUAAAAUAUUGACCUUAAAAUGGUGUUAAAAAAUUUAAUAACUGCCUUUAAUCUAGCUGAAAUAAAACAAAUAAGACUUUAUCCGGAAGAAAAAAUAUUAUCAGACAUACUGUGAACAUUUCCUGAAUCGGUUCAACAUCAUUUGGGAGAUAUUUAAACAAGAAAACAAAAAUUCAAAGGGGGUGAAUAAUUCUGACUUCAACUGUGUGUAUUUCUUUCCCCAACUGGGAAAUGUUUGUUAUAAACCAAAGAUAUAGAGUGUUCGAGAACUCCCAUAUCAAAGUUCAUGGUUAUGAAAUUGUGUUAAUUUGUACAUCUAUUGAAAAUAGUAUUAGAUUGCUAGAUUUUCUACAGGACAGUAGGCUCACACUCACCUUCACUUCUUUCCUAGGUCUAAUAAUCCUUACACAACCGACGACAACCAACGACUACACUUAAACUAGUAGGAAAGUAUUAUACGCAAAGAAAACAUACAGUACAUUGUUACGUACAAUCACUGUUAUAGUGGCAGGUCAUAAUAUAAAUCAUGGUCACGUUUAUCGUCAUUUCUAUUUUUAUAUAUAUGUUGCACUGUUUUGUAAAACAUAGUGAAUUUCUGGAUGGAAUCAAACUUUACAUGUGAAGCUGUAAAUAAAGCACAACAUGUCGUACAAUCA